AUGGCGGACUGGGACGCUGACACCUUCGAGCUGGAGGAGCCGAUUAAAAAGGCGCCAGGGCUGGAUAAAUGGGAAGGCGAGGACGAAGAAGAAGAUGUCAAGGAUAACUGGGAUGAUGAGGAGGAAGAUGGAGCGAAAAAAGCAGAGGUGAAAAAAACAGAGACAAAGGUCUCUGAAAAGAAAAAGCUGAGUGAAAAGAUCAAAGAAAAAGAAAACCGUCUAAAGAAGAAACAACAGGAGCUGCAGCAGGAGUUGGAAAAUGAAGAAGAAGAGCUCACUCCUGAGGAACAACUUGCAGAGAAGUUAAGGGUGAAAAAAUUACAGGAAGAUGCAGAUUUGGAGCUAGCAAAAGAUGCUUUUGGUGUCAGCAGCACUUCUAACAGUGUCUCUGGGCUUGAUGCCAUGUGUCCAUCUUCCAAAGAAGAAUUCACAGAGUUUGAAAAGUUGCUGAAAGAAAAGAUAUCCCAGUUUGAAAAAUCGGUGCAUUAUUCAAGUUUCUUGGAGUCGUUGUUUCGGGAACUUUGUAUUUCAUUGGAAGUCGAUGACUUGAAGAAAAUCAGUAAUUCCCUGUCAGUUCUACUUAGUGAAAAACAGAAACAAGAAAAACAAAACAAAGGAAAGAAGAAGAAGAAAGGCGUGGUACCAGGAGGUGGUUUGAAGGCACAGAUGAGAGAUGAGCUUGACUAUGCAGAGUUUGAUGGUGGUUACGCUCAAGACUAUGAGGACUUCAUGUGA